AUGGGUCACUUGCUGGAGACGAAGCUUCAGAAGCGGAGGUGCACUGAGGGCGAUGCUCAGCAGGGUUUGCGCUUCCGCGCGCAGAUCUUGUUGAAGGAGGUGGAGCGAUGCCGAGAGACUUGCCAAACGCUGCGACCGAGGAUGUCCUGA